UCGCCCACCACCACCGCACCUCAAGUCAAUACAGAAACCAUCCUUGGUGAUCCCAACUCCGGUGAUGGCCUGAUCGUAGAGAAUCUAUCUACCACCGUCCCGCCAAUCAUGGCGUCACUCACCGCCGAGGAUAGAGACGCUCUCACGUCCUAUCUGGCAGAGGCCGACGACGAUCGCAACCAUGUCGAAUUCCUGGCGACCCUCUCGCAGCCGCGCGCUGAUGAUCCGGUUCCUCGUCUGGCUAUCAACGAGGAAGGGCGUGCAGCUCGUCCACCCUUCACGUCGGGGACUUUGGAGGCUCCUUUGCGCCUACGUAGCUCGAGUGCUAUCACCAGUGCCGGAAUGCUCCUCUUCGCGUUUGGCGCGGGCGACGAGGCCCAGUCGCAGUCAGUAGAAGAAGCUCUCGCGGCCUUCGAGGCGUUUCUGGGUCAGAACCUGGCGGCUGAUCAGCUGGACCUUGUACUCGCACCCGGCGCUCCUUUACCUGCUGACUUCCUUGCUCGAGCAAUAGGGAGGGCCCACGUCAACCUCGCGCGUUUUACCCGCGUUACCGUCCACCUACAAUCCGCUGCGGCGCAGGCGCAGGCACCGUGGACUUGGCCUCUGAAGUCACGACUGAUAGACGUUCAAUUGAACGGCAAUGCGCGCGGGGCCGUUUUUCCCUGGGCCCAACUCCAGGUACUUCGCAUCAGCGCGGCGGUGAAAGCCGUAGAAACCGCCGCCUUUUUGGUCAAUCUCCCCCAGCUGCGCGUCCUGUCGCUUUCCCUGGGGUUCGUGGGCCCUAAGAAGACUAAGUAUAAGAGGACCAGGCUGCCUCGACUCGAGAAGCUGGAACUUCAGGCGAAGGUAGACCCUGCGGUAUUCCUCCGUCGCGUGCACUUGCCUGCGUUGCGUGUUUUGGGCCUGCAUCUCGACAUUGCACCGCAGGGUGGCGGAGAUAAGGUCGACUACGGGGACCGUCUUCUCAAGUGUAGUAUACUCUGGAACGCGCUCCAAGACGUUCAGCUCAGCGGGCCCUCCGUCGGACCCACGACGCUCUUCCUUCUUCACCGACUUUUCGAUAACGAAGACCCCGCCAUCCAGACCCGGUGCCGCCUGAGUCGCGGUCAGUAA